CAGGAAUAGAAGGAACAGUCGGUAAUUAUCCAGGUAUCCAGAGUUUCCAAAUUCUAAAUUCUAAAUGGUAAAUGGUUAUUUUCAACCUUUUCAACUUCAUUCGUACUAAUUUCCCUUUCUUCAACAAUAACAACAUCGUCAUGGCGUCCAGUCGCAGAUAAUUACCCGAGUCCUUCUUUCGUACAUAAUCCAAGCAAUUUGUAACAUUGAAUAUCAAACAUCGAUCAUUAGGUACACAACUACCAGACACCCCGGCAACGACACCCUAUACAGGGCCCCUCUUAUACCUUUUUUUCCUCCCGCCCUGCCUCUAUUCUGUUCAAUCUAUGACCGCGAUUCGCCUCAUCCGCAUCCAUCCUCUAAGCGCCUAUUGGGUUUCCGCGAUAAUCUUCGUAUAAGCAAUUACUACUUCUACCGUGUUCGAAAUCUAUCAACCUCAACCUCCGACGAAAUCAAUACAAAUUCUAUUUGUAUCUUGAAAUAGAGCAAUCCUCCCAUUUCUCCCCCAACCCGAGAUUCCGGUGUGAUUUAGCAUAGAUGUCGCGAUAGAAAAUCGGGCAUCUCUUGAUUCGCCACCAUGAAUGACGGAACAUAUAAUAAUGUUGUGCGGAGCAACAGCCCGUUCUCCCCCAUGACACCAUCCACCGCGAACAGCUACAAAGCGAAUGUGAAUCGAACGAAGACGAGGAAAUGGGUUGAGGCCAAAGCACAGAACUACGAUGGCGAUGAUUGGGGUAACGAGUACGAGGAGGAGGAGUAUGAUGAUCCCGAACCAGAACCAGCACCUCCCACACAUCCAACAUCAAGAAUUGCUGCUCUACGGCAACAAGCGGCGAAUGCUCCCCAACAAAGGGUUUUUUCUCAAUCUACAGCUGCCGCCGAUUCCAACAAGCCCGGCCCAUUCGAGACGAGAAGUCCCAGUGGCCCGCCGGCCUUGCACAUACAGACCGGAGUCGACCCGCGGUCUCGCUUGACCGGGGGUAUCUCGUCUGCUCAGAGUCAGACCCGUUUUCCACCGCGCGAGAGUAGUAUGGGCCGACAUGAAGCUUCGGGUUCGAGAGAUAUUGGCGCGCCUGGGUCGGGUACGGAAUCAGGUAGACCCAGUGUCGAGAGUAGCUACGGUCGAACUGAUAUCAAGCCUUCAUCAGUAAACGCUAUCCGCUCCUCGAUAGAACAGCGCGAAAGGGCCAGCUUUGAAAGCCAUAAUAGUUCCGAUAAUUCUCGUGGUCUGAAACCAACACUAGCUCCUGUUGAAGAAGGGAAGAAUGGACCUCGAGCCCUUGCCGACGAGACUGAGUUAGGCCGGAGCCUCGCACACCAACGACGGCUGUCUACCAGUCCUAAGUUACCCGAUCUAGCACGUAUGUCAGGGUUUGGUGAUGAUUUCUUCUCGUCUUCCGGAGGUUCCAGUCCGUUGGGGCGUCCUUCUCUCCCCUCAGUCUCGGAUAACCAGCAGACUAGUGUCGCGGGUGCCAAGCCUAGCCCAUCAUCUAGGCCGGAUAAUAACCAGCGUGACACUACAGGACUAUACGAAGAUAAACAUGCUCCUAGUGCAUUAGAAGGACCAAAACUCGAACCCAACCCCAAAAUCAUUAUGCCACCAUUAGGUGGAGAUCUAGAACCAAAGAAAGAAGACCCCGUAGGAAUAUCUCAACAAUCUGCUCCGUCUAGACCUCAACUUCCUGGGACUUGGGUAUCAGAAACUGUUAGUGUCGGUUCCGAACACCCAGCGCCCGCAGAAAAGGCCGAGGGGCCCGGGUCUACAUCCUUGGGCAGCAUUGUAAAUCCUGCUGUGUCUCCAAUAAGCAGCAGACACGCGGAGCCUGCGGAUCUUGAGCCAACCACUGCCGUUAAACACUUGCCAUCAACACAAGCCGAUUCGGAAGCAGCAGCGAACAAUAAAACCUCGCAAGAAUCCGGGGAAGACGGCUUCAAUAGACCCACCGGAAAACACGACGGCGCUAUAGCGUCUAAGGUCAUUUCUUCAGGGCCGGGUUUUCAUCCGACCCCUCAAUAUCUUCCGCCUCUAAAGACAGAAAAUCCUCUUGCUCCAUCUAACGCCAACCAGAAGAACAUCCCUGCGAACGAGAUGGCACCGAGAUCUUCGGGCUAUAAUGAUUCACCAUCCCGAUCAUCUUUCACUCAGCAGAGUGCAACCACCACCGGAUCGGGUUUCGCUCCUACCGCACCGUUAAAUCCCCGCCGGUCUGUCGCUGCUCCCGCGGAGUUGAUAACUCCAGCAAUACAGGAGCGGAAGUCUACGAUGAGCACCGUUGAUACAGCAUCGCCAGAAAAGGAGAGUGACAAGUUAAGAGAGGAGAUUUUCAAAUCUUUAAGCGCAAGUCCAGCCACCACGACCCCUGAUGCGAGUGCCGUCCUGGGCUCGGCAACUGGCGCCUAUGAUCCGGCUCCGGGCAACCUGACUCGAGAAAGUACGUACUUAUCUGGGGUAUACGAUGAAUACUUAUCACAGCCGGAAGAAAAAUCCCUUCAAGAAACAGGUCAACUUCUCAAGCAAGGACCUAAAGUAGCUAACGAGACGACUUCUGGUUCAAAUGUUCAGAGGGAAACCUCUUUCCCAGAGAUUGCACCCUUGAGUCCACGUAGGAGCCCAGUUCAGGAGACUAAUCGCCGGCCAAGGCGGUUUUCAUGGGAGAACAGCGCAGACAAAAGCAUACCGAACACCGCCGGAACAGACCCAAAUGCGCCGAUAUCCGCUGAUAACUUGAACCCUACUACCCCAGGUGAAAAUAAGCAACCUCAAGGGUCAGAGACAGGUGCGGCCAGCAUUCCAAGCGCCUUGCAGGUACAAACCGAUGGUCAUAGCCCAGGAUCACAUCAAGUUUCUCAAGUCAGUAGCCAGAGUCCUGGAGAUUUAACAUCAGUUCUACCUGAACCACUCUCCCCUAUCUCGUUACCUCCGGACACGAAUCUUGAUGCUCAAACAUCAAUGCCCGACAUUUCCCGCCUGUCGUUCGCAGAUGAAAAGGAGAAAGUGCUUAUCCAAGCAUCACCCCAUACGCCAUCUGUCGAACAGCAUCCGGCGCUGUCUAAUCCAACAGAUCUGGCACCUACUCCGUCCCCUACCAUCCCAACAGCUCCAGCGGCCCAACCGGUGUCAAAUGCAAAGGUUAUGGCCUUUAGAGAUAUCUUGAACCUUGUGUCAAUCGAACAGAGAAUCGAGAAGUUCGAUGAGACGCGGAAUCAAUUCUACUCGAUGGAAUCGGGUCUGUCACACUGGCUUUCAUAUAUGCAGAGUCAGCCAGAGCUCGGGGCGGGAAUAGCGCCCCUGGGAAGGCAGCCUACGAUUCAAGGCCAAACGUCACCGUCUGGCGUUAAGCCGUCGACCCAACAACCUUACUAUCAACAAUACCUAAAUGCUAGCAACCCGGGUGCACCACCGGGGCAAACCGGAAGGGUACCAAGCGGCGGCCUACAGCACAUGUUUACAGGGCAACCUAUAAGUAGUUUCGGGCCAUCUGGUAAGGAGGUUGGGGCGAAGAGCAAGGAGCUCUUACAAGCGGCGGGAGCAUUCGGUAACAAGGGUGUGAAGUCCGGUAUGAAGCUAUUCACUAAAGGAAAGAAUAAGCUUCGCGGGACAGGCGACAAGGCGUUCUUCUAGUAUUGCAAUCCUCCCCUCUUUCUGUUUUACUCGACUAGGGACACGGCAUAGGACGGCGGCAGUGCAUUGCUUUUUGGGACAACAUAUUUCUCGAGUGGAUUUCUUUUAAUAGGCAACGGGGUGAGGUCGAUCAGCAGAUUCGUAUUUUCUUCCCCCUGCGUCUCAAGUCUCACAAGUCUUGCGAGCUGCGCGCUUGCACUUCUCAUAUGUAUUGUACUGGUUCGUCUCGUGGGCAUACAUGUUUGCAAAUCGGCUUGAACAAAAGGGAACAGGUCGUGGGAUGGGAUGUACGAUUUAUUGAGAAGGCAUAUUUGAUCGAUCAUGUAUGAAAAUAAUUCGAUCUACCUAAACAAAGUAGUAGUGAGAUUUUCGCCGAGAUUUAUAUGUAAGCGUCCCGCAUCGAAUCCUUCUCUGC